AUGGCACAGUCCGUCUCUGCCUUCCAGGCUGCCUACAUCACCAUCGAAGUGCUGAUUGCCUUGGUGUCUGUGCCAGGGAACAUCCUGGUGAUCUGGGCUGUCAAAAAGAACCAGGCUCUGCAGGAUGCCACCUUCAGCUUCAUCGUCUCGCUGGCCGUGGCUGACGUGGCGGUGGGCACCCUGGUCAUCCCACUCGCCAUUGUUAUCAACAUUGGGCCACAGAUGGAGUUCUACACCUGCCUGAUGGUGGCCUGCCCCGUCCUCAUCCUCACUGAAAGCUCCAUCCUGGCUCUGCUGGCCAUCGCUGUGGAUCGCUACCUGCGGGUGAAGAUCCCCCUAAGGUACAAGAGUGUAGUGACCCCCAGACGAGCAGCUGCGGCCAUCGCUUGCUGCUGGAUCGUUUCCCUGCUCGUGGGACUGACCCCCAUGUUUGGCUGGAACAACCUGAACAAGAUGAGGAGGACUCAGGAGGCAAACGCCAGCCACACGGCGUUCGUCAUCGGGUGCAAGUUCGAGAAUGUCAUCAGCAUGGAGUACAUGGUCUAUUUCAACUUCUUUGUCUGGGUGCUGCCUCCCUUGCUGCUGAUGCUCAUCAUCUACCUGGAGGUCUUCAACCUGAUCCGCAAGCAGCUCGACAAGAAGGUCUCCUCCAACUCAUCGGAUCCUCAGAAAUAUUAUGGGAAGGAGCUGAAGAUCGCCAAGUCCUUGGCACUGGUCCUCUUCCUGUUUGCACUGAGCUGGCUCCCGCUGCACACGCUCAACUGCAUCACCUUGUUUUGCCCGUCCUGCCAGACUCCCAGCAUCCUGACGUACAUUGCUAUUUUCCUGACUCACGGCAACUCGGCCAUGAACCCCAUCGUCUACGCCUUCCGGAUCCAAAAAUUCAGGACCACGUUCCUGCAAAUCUGGCACCAGUACAUCUGCUGUGAAACCGACAAGAACACUAACAACCUAGACAACACCGAGCUAGGCAACUGGCCGCUAGAGAGAGCCGUCCCAGAUGUGCCGUACCUUGAUUUACAAAAGUCCCUUUAA